AUGCCUGCAGAACACAGGACUGUUCCCUGCCCGGAGAUCUAUGGCCCAGGCAACCUUGACGACGAGCACUUUCUUUCUGUUCCCGAUGCUCGAGGAAUCUUCAAAAUCCUUGUCAACGCAGCUGGAAAACUUUACAGAAAAAAAACCCGCGUCUGGGACUCUGUCAAAUUCAAAAAUGAGUCGCGUGUCUGCUUGGCACGUGCAUUGCUCUUCUGGCUUCAUUCCCUUACCUAUCUUACGAGAGGCAAGCAUCCUCUAGCCGGCAUCGAGGUUGUGGCGCUUGUUCGAAUUUUCCCCGGUCCGGUAAUGGGAACUACUUUGGCUGUAUUGGGGGCCGACGUUAUUCGCAUCAACUGCAGUAGGCUUCUGGGCCUGAAUCUAAGAGAUGUUUAUACUAGUGUGGACCGUCAAUCUGGACCUCACCAAGGAGGAGAUGUAGCUCGUCUGACGGAGCUAGUCAACGAUGCGGACGUCUCCAUCCAAGGCUCUCGACCGGGCUCUCUUGAAAGAAAGGGCUUUGGCUUGCACAACCUUCUAGAUAUGGACAGGUCGAUAAAAAAUACCUAUGGGCCGGAUGGUCCCUUCUACGAGCGACCUGGAUGGCAGCAAAUUGGAGACGCGGCUUUGGGAACUAGUGUUCUGUCGCCUCUUCCCAUCUCGGACAUGAUAACAGGCCUCGUUGGAGCCCUCGGCACUUUAAUGGCCCUUCGUGAUUCCACUCGAAAUGGAGGUUCUUACUGUGUGUUUAGUUCCCUGGUCACUGCUAGUGCUAUUUUGCUUCAACAAGAAAUAGAAUUCUACUCACCGGAGGUGGUACAAAACAAUGAGGAGAUCUUUCAGUGGAGAACUUCCCAGUACGUGACGGAACUGCUCCUGGUUGUCAUGGAUGACCUGAAGAGGGUCUAUCCGGAGUGUUUCUCUCCGGAUUCGCCUAUGAUUACAACCUUUGAGGACGGACAUUGGGACCAUUUAUAA